UUUUUCUGAUUAUCUGGCUGACGCAUGGAAGAAAACCGAAAGUUUUUAUCUAGUUUUGGACUGAUCGCAUAUAUAUCUCCAGAAAUUGCGGUGGUUCUUACUCGUGUCUCAACUUCGGGAAAGAAACGGACAUCUGACUUUUGUAACAACCACCAGUAGUUUCUUCCCCCUCCCUACUUUCUUAUUUUGCGGUGACUCUCUAUAAAGAAACGUAUGCUUGACAGAGAUACCUUGUCAGCCGAUACCCGCGGAUAAAAGUCUCUACUAUCCUGGCACAAGAGCAGUUUCUUCGAUGCCACGUGCUGUUGACAAACAUGGCGUGCCUCUUCAUUCCAUCUCCACCUGCUCCACAUAGUUACAGUUCCUACAGUACUUAGACUUGUGCUUAAAGCUGUUUAAACACUAAUCUUGAAAAUCUGCUUCUGUUAGGGAGGGAUAUAUAUGAUGCCACCUUCUACUCCUAAAUCUCCUUUACUAGAAGAAGCUCAUGAAGAUGGAAGGUUUAAAUGCUAUAGGGGUGUGAGAAAGAGGUCGUGGGGAAAGUGGGUGUCUGAGAUCAGAGUUCCAAGGACUGCAAGACGAAUAUGGCUAGGUUCAUAUGAUGAUCCGGAGAAGGCAGCUCGAGCCUAUGACGCUGCUUUGUUCUGCAUUAGGGGUGAGAAGGGUGUUUUCAAUUUUCCCACUAGUGAAAAGCCUCAGCUUCCUGAAGGUUCUGUCAGGCCUCUGUCCAAGAAUGAUAUACAGACAAUAGCAACAAACUAUGCUUCAUCAGUUGUGUCUGUGCCUUCCCCGGAAACUGAUCAGGUUCCUUCUCAGGUUCCCUCUCAGGUUCCUGCAUCCCCGGAUGUCUCUGUUGCUACUGAGAUCAUGGAGAUGGCUGAUGAACACUAUCUCCCAGUGGACGCAAGUGCAGAAUCGAUAUUCUCAGUAGAAGACUUGCAGCUGGACAGUUUCCUCAUGAUGGACAUUGACUGGAUAGACGAUUUAGUCUGAUGGUCGCAGUCACUUUUAGCGUUAAUAUGGUUUAACCACUAGUUACCUCUGUCCCUCCAGCUACAUAUUUGUGAGUAUAUACAUGCAUACUUGUCUUUGAAGUUGUUUUUAUUUAGCAUUCAGUUUGUGUUGUGUAUGUGCUCCUUUUUCUCUGUAUGACUUCCAAGCUGUUUAGCAUGUGUAUGAAAUGAUUAGGAGUUUGCGUCCAACACAAAUCUUCUGUUGCAUC